UGCAGCUAUCAGUAGGGGACCGGUGGUUUGCACCUUCAGUUGAAUGGUGUAGGUUGUGAUAAGCGAACGUAAAAUUCAGCGGCAGAAGGCUUGAAUGAUUUGUGAUAUUGAAAGACUGAUUAUAUUUAACAGUUUGUGGAUAACUUCUUGCGCUUUGCGCUGUUAGAACAGUUUUUGUUUCAAGACGUCACAGAAAGUGCAAUUGAAUAAGUACGUACGUACGCGAUUGGUAAUUAACAAUGCCGUCUGCAGUUGUCAACAAAGAUCUUCAGCAUGAACGCAGCAAGUGUAGCUUCAACCAGGAAGAGUUCACCGUCUGGUGGGUCGGUGGUAGAGAGAAGCUGAAUGAUAAGCGAUCAUUAGAGAAUUUCUUCGCGAACCAACCAGAGUUUCAUGACGAUGUGCCGUUGCACUUCGCCUCAUACAAGGAAAAGUAUGAAGAAACCAUACGCAAAGCAACAGUAAUAUUUACUAAAGUACGCCAGUUUCUACAAAAGCAAGGAAGAUAUGAUGCUAAGAAUUAUAUUGAAUUCUGGGACUUUCUGCUCGGAACCGGCCUCAUCAAGGAGGGCAAUCCGUUUAGGCUUCAGUUUGAUAUGUUUAUCCCGGCCAUCGUCGGUCACGCCAAUGCCGAACAACAAGCCAAAUGGUUGGACAGGGCGCUCAAUUGGGAAAUUCUUGGCUCGUACGCACAGACCGAACUUGGACAUGGAACGUUUCUUCGCGGAUUGGAGACUACGGCUACCUUCGAUCAUGAAACUGAUGAGUUUGUACUGGAUAGUCCUACGUUGACCGCUUACAAGUGGUGGCCGGGUGCUUUGGGUCAUACAGUGAACUACACCGUUGUCAUGGCGCAAUUGUAUUCGAAGGGAACGUGUUACGGUGUUCAUCCAUUUAUGGUACAGCUUCGCGACGAGGAUACACAUAUGCCCCUACCUGGUGUGGAUGUUGGUGAAAUUGGAGAUAAAAUAGGUUACAAAGGGGUAAAUAAUGGAUACCUCGGUUUUAACAAAUAUCGAAUUCCUCGAAACAAUAUGUUGAUGAGGAAUGCACAGCUGUUGAGGGACGGUUCGUAUGUGAAGCCAGUUUCUUCGGUGCUGACCUAUGGUACUAUGGUUUUCGUUCGGGUGAUCAUCGUUAAAGCGAUGGCCUACGAGUUGUCUAAGACGGCCACAAUCGCGGUGAGGUAUUCUUGCGUUCGUCGACAAAGUCCUAUUAAUCCUGAUCAACCAGAAGUUCAAGUAAUAGAUCAUUUGACUCAACAAGGAAAACUACUGCCACUGGUGGCUAAGGCAAUUGCACUGAAACUGGCAGCUGACAAUCUAUGGCAAAUGUAUCAGGAGACGACUUCCGAAUUGGAUUCUGGGAAUUUAAAUCGUUUACCGGAGCUUCAUGCUAUUUCGUGUUGCUUGAAGUCGGUGUCUACCGCUGAUGCUGCCAAAGGAAUGGAGGUGUGCCGUUUGGCUUGUGGCGGCCACGGAUAUCUGUCGUGCGCGAAUUUCAUGACUUUUUAUAGUGUUGCUACGGCCGCUUCUACGUAUGAAGGAGAAAAUACGGUGAUGUUGCUGCAAACCUCAAGAUAUUUGAUCAAAUCUUGGAGCCAAGCACUCAAACGCCAGAAGCUGAGUGGAACGGUCCAGUAUUUGAGCGAAUAUAUCGGUAAAGCCACCAAACGAUUUGCCUGGAGUGAUUCUGUUGCGGUUAUUAUUCUGGCUUUCCAGUCGAUUACUGCCAAUAAGUUACGCUUGGCAUACAAUCACAUUGAAAGUCGCAAAAAGGCCGGUUACACACCGGAGGAAGCUACCAACAUGGCCGGUUUGGAACUAGCACGGGUUGCGGAA